UUUGGACAUGCGUUACACGUUAGGGUGAAAGGGAACCUGUUUGGAGUACCUGUUGAGAUACAAUCUGGCAUCUAAAAAGUUAUAACUUCCUCGACUGAAGUCAAUAAUCAACAGUGGCAUGUUUCCCCCUCAUUCCAGGAUGUUAAGAUUACGUGGGUAGCUGCUGACACAGAUCCAGACCAGGGGUCCAAGAUCACAGGAUGUCGCGCUAUAGAGUGCGCAACUUGUUCAAAUUCAGAACAAAAAGUACCACAGAUUUGUCUGAAUGGAACAAGAAUGAUGAGAAGCUCCUGAAGACAGUGGAGGUGGGGGAUGUCAAGAAGGCAACCAGUGUACUCAACAAGAAGACUCUCAACCCCACCAAACUUGGGCCAAAGGGACACUCAGUCCUACAUAUUGCAUGUGCUGUAGGCAACGACCAGAUUGUUGAACUCCUGCUGAAGUACAGCGAAGAUGUCAACGACCUCACAAUACAAGGCAACACAGCGCUGCAGCUGGCAGCCGCCAAAGGUCACAGGGGAGUGGUGCAGAGGUUGCUGGUGGCUGGCGCCGAUGUGGACAUGCGAGACAGCAAUGACAUGACAGCUCUCCAUCACACAUGCGCGGGCGUCCAUUUUGAAUGUGUUCAAGUUCUCCUCAAUGGCAAUGCCAGUCCCAGAAUAAAGGAGAAGACCGGGAAAACCCCGCUUUUCUUCGCCUCACAUCGUGGAGACAUGGCAACGUGUAAAUGGCUGGUGGACAAGGGUGCUGAUGUUAAUGCUCAGGACAUGCAUCGCAUGACCUCACUGAUGCUAGCGGCCAAGGAGGGCCAUACUGAAGUCUGUCAGUUCCUGCUGAAAAAGGGGGCAGACCCAGACCAGCGAGACGUAGAGGGAAACAAUGCAUUAGCGUAUGCUCUCAACAGUGGCCAUAAUGACAUGAAAGAAGUAUUUGCACGUGCCCCAACCCGAGCAUCAUGGGAUGUACAUGCAAACAAUGCUACCUCCUCCCAUGAACCUCCAGGAAAUGCUGCAACAAGUCCUGUUCCAGAACCAGAACCGGAACCUACACCAGUGGCUCCUCAUCAGAUUGACAUUGUUGGUGACUUUGACGCCAGCGAGUCCCCUGCUGCCUCUCGAAGAGAAGUUCAAACAGACUAUGAGACAGACGAUGAAGGAAUAAAGGAUCAAUUGAGGAAGACCCAAUCAGAAUCAUGGGAUGCACGCGGGCUGCCUGGUGAGCAAGACUCAAUGACUGACUUGAAGCAAAUGGCUGAUCAGAAGACACUUCUGGCUUUCAAGGAACUGGAAGAGGAGCAUGAGCAGUUGAAUGAAGACUACCACAACCUCACAGUUGAGAACAGGAAGCUGUAUGACAAGAUGGAUGCACUUAAAAGCAGGAUGGCUGCCAUGGCACAGCAGGGGCAGAUGGAAAUUCCCCAGGAAAUUGAAGAUGAGCUGAACAACUUAAAAAAUAUUCUCCGCAAAGAACAAGAAAAGAACCAAGAACUUGUUGACCAGAACCAGAAUCUAACACUCCACAACCAGAGUCUGUCUGAAGAAAACCAGGUCCUGUCUGUACAGAACAAGACGUUGUCCGACCAUAAUGUCAGCAGAGAGAGUGAGUCCAGUACAAGGGAGGGUGAGUCCGUCCCAGGAGAUAGCUGGGGGGACAGUGAUGAAGAACCGUUUGACUCUCCAACCCGCAGACGACGUAGUCGAUCUUCUCCAGAUGACAAGCAGAUGUUGGCUUUGCUUCGCUCCCAGAUUCUGACGCUAACACAGGAAAAUGACCAACUCAAGGACAAAAUGCAGACGAAGUCGGAGCCAGGCGAAAUGAAGCAGGACCAGCAGAUCAAUGAGCUUCAGCAAGCUGUGCUCCAAUUGGAGGCAGAGAAGGCAGACAUGCAGAAAGAGAUUCUAACUUUCAAGGAGAAGUCCGAGUUUCAACUUCUGAACGGGGCCAUUAAUCAGGAGGAGCUGAUUGUGGAGAACAAACGACUCAGUCAGGAACUUGAAGACUUGAAGAAGGGAGAGGAAGUGAAGCUGGAGCCAGAGUUGGAGCUAAAGGUGGAGCCACAUCUGGAAUCACAGAGUGAAGCUAGGAUUCAGGGUGAUCAAAAUGGUGACAGUCCUCAGCCCAAGGAAAAAGAAGAUGGUCAAAUUGAAGAAAAGGAAAGGUCCUCAGUGAAAGAAGAAGAUCAUUCUAGGAUAGAGUUUCUAGAGAACCAGAAUGUACAGCUUCAGGAUCAGUGUGCAGUGUUGACUGAUGAGUUGGAGAAACUUCGGGAGACAUUUGAUGCAAUAUUAAAAGCUGGGGAUGAUCUCCAGUCAGACUUUGACCAGCUUCAGACUGACAAGGAGCAGCUGCAGAUAGAGUUUGAAAGGGUUCUUCAGGAGAAAGAUGAACUUGUGAAGGAGAACGAGUUUCUGUUGUCUGAUGGUAAUGCCCUUCAUGAGGACCUCAAGAAGCUGGUGCAUGAGCUGGAGAAGAUGCAGGAGAAGUACAAGAAGGUUGUAAAGGAGAAUGAGGACUUAGAGAGGAAGACUUGUGCAAUUAAUUUAUCAGGGAAGGUUGGGGAGUUUACCAAGUUGCUGGAAGAAAGAGAUAAGUUGGUGGUGAAGAAUGAAGAGCUGGAGGCGACGUCGUCACGGUUACAGCAUGACCAGGAGAUCCUGCUGGAGGAGGUUCAGAGUAUGCAGGAGCAGAUCAAGAUCAUGGAGACAGAGAGAGAUCAGCUUCAAGCUGAAGUGGAGGAAAUUGAGGGAGUUUUACAGCAACACGACAUCCUACAGCAGGACUAUAGCCAGUUGGAACAGGACUACACCGAGCUCCUGAAGGACAAGGAGAAGCUCGAGCAGGACCUGAUGGACAGUCAGACAGAGAACAUCAGGAUUGACGAGGCGCCAGAAGACCAUGCAGAGUUAGUGAAGGAGAAUGAAGCUGUGGUAGCUGAGAGAGAUCAACUUCAAAAGACUGUGAGUGAACUGUGUAAGGCAAAUACAACAUUGGAGGAAGACCUGAAACUUGUGAAUAUGGAACUGAAACAAGUGCAGAAGGAUUUGGAACAGGUUCGGGCUGAUUUGGUACAUUCGAAGGAGCGCCUUGAGUCUGCUUCUCUCACAAAUGGGGAGACUGAGACAAAGAAACAGGUCGUGAAGUCUGAGAGUGAUAGCAAACCGGAAAGGUCACUCAAGAUCAAGUCCCUGCAGACCCAGAUUUCCCAUCUGCAGCAACAACUAGCUGAAUUUGACCGUCAACACCAGGAUAUUGUCAGUGUCUACCGAACUCAUCUUAUUAGUGCUGUACAGGGUCACAUGGAUCCUGAUGUGAAACAAGCCUUGCACCAAAUCAUCGAACUACGCAGCAUGGAACAGUUCUGUUGACCGCUACCAGCAGCCGCCUUGUACACCAACAGACUUGUAAUGUGAUAUUGUACUACACCACACCAUGCGAUUGGUGUCAUAGAUAAUUUAUGGAAAUAGUGUCUGUGUCUGAAAAAUAUGUUUUAUUUGCUGAACAAUUCAAGUUCUUUCAAUUUAAGAGUUUUAUGAAGACAUGUAAAGGUGAAGUGUGCAUCUGCUGGAGUAAAUUAUCGGUAUGAAUCGUUUGGAUUCUUGACUGAAACAGAUUUGUCAAUUUGACAGAGGGUCAAUGUGAAAACAAAGCGUCAGUAUGUAAUCAUUGUUAAGCAACAUGUUUGUCAGUUUUAUUCGUUUUAUCAGAGUUGAAGAAUAUCAGAUAUUUACAUUAACCCUUGGUGUUGUAAGAGUACUUUUAGUAUUUAUGCUCAAAAUUUGAAACACAAAUUUGGCGUACCAGAAAUAUUUCUCCACAACCAGUCGUACCAUGCUUAUUUUAAUACUUUGCUCUGUAUUUUAAGGUUAUUUGGAUGUUCCUAGAUCUUAGAUAUUGUUGGUUACUUGCCUGAUAUCAUUCCACACUGUUGCGUCACUUAACGUUUUAAGAAGUUUUACAUGUGAUGUUGUGUUUGAAUGGUGAGGAAGACACUUCCACUAACAAAACAGCUACAGUUUUAUAUGUUUCCUCUGUGUCAAAAAUAUGUUUUUUUAACCCCAAACUGCAAUAUAUUAUGUACAUAUGAACUUUGGAGCAAACUAAAACUAAUCAAGCACAAUGAGAAUUGAAUAUGUAUUUUAAUAAUUCCUUUUAAAUAAUUAAUGUAGAAUACUAGCAAUAACAGAACUUUUGGAGUUGAUUAUUAAGGUUAUUGGAUGUUGGUGAGGUAAAGAUAGAGUUUUAACUGAUGAAGCCUUACAUUACAGGAGAACUGAAGGGAUGCACAUGUCACGCGUGUUACAUAUACAGGUUGGGUGCUAAAUCUUUCAUAUUAUUAUUUGUGUUAUCAGAUUCUGUUGUUUUAUAACUGGUAUCACAUGUGUUUGUUCAACUUGAAUAUACCUCAAACUUUACCGAGUAUUUUCUGUCACGGAAUAUAACAUUAUCUGAUGAUUUUUUUAUUGCUGCACAGGCAAGUAAAACCAAAGCUUGUAUUAGAAGCGUUUAGUUUAAACUAUAGAUAUAGCACAUGCGUAAUACCAAGCUGAAAGAAAUAAAACCUGUUCCACAGCCAGUGAUGAAUUGUGUUGGAAGACAGAUCAGUGAUUUCAGUGUGAAGAAAAUAGAGGCUGAGUGUAAAUAAAGUUUUCCUUAAAGCUGGCUUUGCUUUCAUGCAGUGCUUUUCGCAAUGACGAGGAACUGAUAAUGGUCAUAUGUAGCCAUGUGUUGUAAUGACUGAACACUCUCUUAAUAUACACUCACUUUCUGUAUUAAGUAAUCAUUGGUAGCAUCAUCUGUGAGAAGAUACUGACUUACAUAGAAUGCUAAUUGGGUUCUGUUUCCUGUUUACAACUUUGUAUCCAUUGCUUCCAGUAUUUAGAUAUUGUUAGUGGCCAGGUAGGCAGUGCCCCUUUUCCUGAACAUGGCCAGGUUUAGUUCCCAUAUGGGUUCCGUGUAUAAUGCCCCAUCCCAUAUUAUCACAGCAGUGAGUGUUAGGCAUAAACAGUCAUUUCCCAGAAGUCUGACAGUUUGUGUUAACAUUCGCAAAUACAGAUUGGGUAAUUUGAGUCACUAUAAGAUUCUUCAUCCUUUGAGCAGAAGACACCAUGUCAAUGUGUUCAUGCUGAAGGCGACAGACAUCACUACCUGUUUAUGGAAUGUUCAGCUCCUACUUGUUGAUUUGUAUGAUUAAUGGCAAGCAAAUGAAAUGUAUGAACCUAAGAAAAUGUUAUUUUCAAGAAUCUGUAUAUAAAUAAUGUUUGAUACUUAUUUUAGUAACCAUGAAGGGAGUCUUCCCAGCACAUUCCAAUUGUUUUAUUCUUUUAUAUGUGAUAGGGUAUACCUAUAAUAUCACAUGAAAGUUUUUGUCUCAGAUUUUAACAUUAUACACUGUUUAUCAUUUAUAUAAUGAAUUUUGUUUUGAAAGAAGUUUUGUAUGAAUUUAAUAUCAUAUAAGCAUUCCCCGUCUCCUUCAUUCCAUAGUGGCAAUGUUACAAAAUCAAAAGCAAGUAUUUAUACAAAUAUAUACAUGUAUACGUACAUGCAAGCAUACAUAUUGUUGUGUCAUAUUCACCUGAAAAUAACAUCAGAACUGUUCAAAACAAUCAUCCCUGGCUUCAUUCCAAACAGCCUCAGUUUGGACAUGCAAAGGCCCGAUUCCUGUCUGUUGGUUUCACGGAAUCCGAUCAAGGUUCGUACCUUUGGAAUGUAUUGCAUACCAUAAAGUUUGUUCCUUUGGGAUGCACUGCAUACCAUUAAUGUUCAUUCCUUUGGGAUGUAUUACAUACCAUCAAAGUUACUUCAUUUGGGAUGAUUUGUGUACAAAGGCAUACCAUCAAAGCUUGUACCUUGGUAAAGCCUUCCAUACCAUCAGGUGCUUUUCCAUGUGAAACAGUCCAUAUCAUCACGUUUCCUUCCUUUUGUACAUGUUCCCAGAUAUGUUGUCUUCUAAGCAUCUUGAUAUUUGAACUUAGAAUUACCAAAGAGUUUUGGUUUUGAUAUCAUGAUUACAAUUCAGUGCUAAGAUAAUAUUGUAUGUCCAAAGUAUGGCCCAACUUCAGUGAUUAAUAUCAAGUCUAAUAUUGAACAAACAACAUUCCAUCAAUGUCAGUUUUGCUGAUACAUUUCUCACCCAAUUUAUAUGAAACUACAAGAGAUAACAUUCUGAUGUCCUGAAGUUAAAACAUUUAAUGCUGCUACAUCAUGACAUACAGGUAGACUUAAUGGGAAAUACUUGAUGUAUAGAGCAUGGUUGUGACUUCUAUAUCUACUUCAUAUUGACAUUUAGUUACAGAAUAUCAAGUUGUAAUAUAACAAUCUGAGUGAUAAUUUUAGAUGAAUAAUAUGGGAACCUCACCAGGUUUCAGUUUAUAUAUGACUAUCAAAUUUAGGGUGUUCCCAUAUUUUUUGUUUGUAGUAUAUUUACCAAGGUUUACAGAGAGCAAGAUUACAGCGAUUGUGCUUGACGACUUAUUUUUCUUAAUCAUUGGAUUACAAGUGAAAUUAAGAUUGUUGCUGGUUAUAUUUGCCAUAUAUUCUGAAAAGUUUUCAAACGAAUUAUUGACUACUCAUGUGACUCUGUUCCUAAACUUGACCAACCGUAGCACGUGUCAGGUGGCUAUUUAUGAACUGUCAUUUUCAAUGCAUAUUGCAUUCAGUAGAAGUCCCACUUGAUACUGCACAAUUUUAUUGUUGUUAUUGUUUACUAUACUGGACAAUAAAAGUUAGGGAUACUAAGGAGUUUAGGGGAUAUUUUUAGCUAUGGAGAUGGAGAACAGUGU